CACAGGAGUGCUCUUGGGCAUGUUUCUGGUGUCCUUCGUGAUCCUGGUGGCCCUUGUCACCGUACUGUCUGGCAUUGGCGUCGGGGAGCAUGGCGGCGUGGGCAGUGGCGGCGUCUACUCCAUGAUCUCCUCCGUCCUCGGUGGGCAGACGGGAGGCACGAUUGGGCUGCUCUACGUGUUUGGACAGUGUGUUGCAGGGGCCAUGUACAUCACCGGCUUUGCUGAAUCCAUCUCAGAUUUGCUGGGCCUCAGGAAUAUCUGGGCUGUGCGAGGAAUUUCAGUUGUGGUGCUUCUGGCCUUGCUGGGGAUUAACCUAGCGGGUGUCAAGUGGAUAAUUCGCCUCCAGCUGCUGCUGCUGUUCCUGCUGGCCGUAUCCACCCUGGACUUUGUGGUGGGCUCCUUCACCCACCUGGACCCAGAGCAUGGUUUUAUUGGAUAUUCACCAGAACUGCUACAGAACAACACUCUGCCAGAUUACAGCCCUGGGGAGUCUUUUUUCACUGUCUUUGGGGUUUUCUUCCCAGCAGCUACAGGAGUCAUGGCCGGCUUCAACAUGGGGGGCGACCUCAGGGAGCCCGCCACCAGCAUCCCCCUGGGCUCCCUGGCAGCUGUUGGCAUCUCGUGGUUUUUGUACAUUGUCUUUGUCUUCCUGCUUGGCGCCAUCUGCACCCGCGAGGCCCUUCGUUAUGACUUCCUGAUAGCCGAAAAGGUGUCCCUGGUGGGCUUCCUGUUCCUUUUGGGCUUAUACAUCUCAUCCCUGGCCUCCUGCAUGGGAGGACUCUACGGAGCCCCCCGGAUCCUGCAGUGCAUCGCACAGGAGAAAGUGAUCCCUGCACUUGCCUGUCUGGGGCAAGGGAAAGGGCCAAAUAAAACACCUGUAGCCGCCAUCUGCUUGACCAGCUUGGUGACCAUGGCCUUUGUCCUUGUGGGGCAGGUGAAUGUUCUGGCCCCCAUCGUCACCAUCAACUUCAUGCUGACGUACGUCGCGGUGGACUACUCUUACUUCUCCCUGUCCAUGGGGCCCUGCAGUCUCCCCCAGCUGCCUGCGCCAGUGCUCAGGGAGGACCCAGAAGCUCUGCACUGCUCUGAGCACCUGCUCUUGGAGAAAGCUCCCAGCUAUGGCUCUGAGGGCCCUGCCCAAAGCGUCUCUGAGGGUACGCUGCUAGAAUUCGCCAAGGACAUGGACCAGCUCCUCCAGCUGACCAGGAGGCUCGAGAGUGGCCAGUCCAGGCACAGAGAGGGUAGCAGGAUCCCAGAGAGUCAGAAGAGGAAACACAAGAAGGCCACUAAGCAAACUCUACAAGACAGCUUCCUCUUGGACCUCAAGUCCCCUGCUUCCUUCCCCACUGAGGGCUCUGACAGGUUGCCCACUGCCUCCUGGGAGGGGCAGGAGUCCUCCUGGAACAAGCAGCCUUCCAGGACUGAAGGGACUCAACCUGGAAGCAUAUAUGGAGAACAAGUUGUCCCUGAGCUGUGUAACCAGUCUGGGCUGAGUGGAGAAGAUUUCUUUCUGAAGUCCAGGCUCCAGGAACAAGAUAUCCAGAAGAGACCAACUUCUUUCUACAGCCACAUGUGUAACCCCUGGGUCUCCCUGUUGGGGGCUGUUGGGUCCCUUCUCAUCAUGUUUGUGAUCCAGUGGGUCUAUACCCUGGUUAACAUGGGUGUUGCUGCCAUUGUGUAUUUCUACAUUGGCCGGGCCAGUCCAGGGCUUCACCUUGGAUCAGCCUCCAACUUCAGCUUUCUCCGAUGGAUGAGGUCUCUUCUGAUCCCCUCCUGCAGGUCUGUCCCAAUCCCGGGCCAGUACCAGGAUGGAUGAGUGUCCAGAGUCCUGGGAGGUGCUGAGAGUGCCCCCUUCCUGGCUGGGCUUGGGCCUGGCUUGUGGUGUGGGCACCUGACAACUGGGACCCUCCAGGAGACUCCGAUGUUGCUCCUCUCCUCCCUCCAUGACACCCGGCCCCCAGCUUCAGCUCAGCAGACGCUUCGUCUGGCUCAUGUCCUCGUCCCUUCUUAUCUUCAGUCAUCAUGAGCAGAGGCUUUAUUUAAAAUCUGAUUGCUGAGAUGAUAAUUCAAGAGAGCUACUCUCAGUGAGUUUACGGUCUAAGCCACGUUGGCAUCAAUACGUAAUCACACAUGAGAUUAAAGCCCAGAGGAAAUGUAAAGCCAGGACACACAUUCUUCCAUCUUGAGUCAGAGGUAUUUAAUAGUUGAUGUGACUAUGCAGAGGCCAAGUACA